GGAAAAAUUCACUCACUGUUGCUUUUGAUUCAUUUCACAUUACACUCUAAUGGCUCGGCCGACGGAAUUUCAAGGCUCAUUCCUGAGUCGAAUCAGCAUCCGCCGCAAUCAGAUCGUCUCCAUGGACGUCAAUCACGAGCACGAGCUCGAAGAACUCGAGUAUUUCCAGAAACACGUAGCUGAGCGUUUCUCGGAGUUAAUAACAUCUCCAUCGCCGCAUCAUUCCUCCUCCUCCUCCUCUGACGCCGCCGCCGUAUCUCACCCGUCUGAUCCGAUUCUCUCGAUCCCUUGGCUACAGAAUCUUCUAGAUGUUUUUAUGUCCUGUGAAGCAGAGUUUAAGGCGGUGUUGAGCACGACCCAGAUCUCGAAAUCGCCGUCUUUAGAAAGGGUUUUGCCGGAAAUGCUUGAUCGGAUUUUAAAGGCGUUGGAUUUAUGUAACGCCGUCGUUAACGGGAUUGAUUCCGUUAGACAGAGUCGACGUUUAGCGGAGAUAGCCGUCACGGCGCUUAAACAACGGCCGUUAUGUGACGGAAGCGUUCGUAGAGCUAAGCGUGCGUUAACAAGUCUCCUCAUUGGCUUAAACGCUGAUGAGAGGAGAGAUAGAAACAGUGGAGGAAGUGGUUCCAGUAACCAACGAAGGACAACGUCACGGUCUUGGUCGUUUGGAACGCGUAGCAACGUCACCGGAGGAGGAUCAUAUGGCCAGGUCGUCAGCAAGAAUUGGUCUGCAACGAAGCAGAUUCAGGCGAUGGUGGCCAAUCUGGUGCUGCCACGUGGAGCUGAAGCUUCUGGACCGGUGAUGCCUGUUUAUAUAAUGAGCAGUGUUAUGGUUCUGGUGACGUGGGUGCUAGUGGCGGCGGUUCCUUGCCAGACAAGUAGCGUUCUUGUGGCGCCAUUGCCACUUCCCAAACACCAGAGUUGGGCUAGCGCCGCUGUGAACAUUCAGGAGAGGAUUGGUGAAGAGCUGAAACGGAAGGAGAAGCGUUGUGGUGGGGGUGGUGGUGGAUUGAUGGAGGAGAUGCAGAGGAUGGAGAAGAUUGGGUUAUCUUUAAUGGAAUUUGCAGAGAGGUUUAGGUAUCCGGCAGAUGAAGAAGAGGAGGUGGAAGUUGCGGAAAAGGUGGAUGAGAUGGAGGAGAUUUGCCGGGGAAUGGAAGUAGGAUUGGAGGAUUUGCAGAGACAAGUGAGGCAAGUGUUCCAUAGAUUGGUGAGAAGCAGGAUUGAGAUUGUUUCAGUGCUUGAUCAAGCUCCUGCAAUCUAAUCUGUAAAAAUCCUCAAUAACAACAGCAAAAUCUC